UUACUUCUAUUUGUGACGUGGUGUGUGUUUGUUUAUAGUGAAGAAGAAAUACUAGAUUGUAUUAGCUACAAUAUAUAUUUGCAACUAUUUCCACAGUAAAAUGAAUUACAUUUACUUGUGUCUUAUUGCAAUUUUAUCAGUAACUACAGCCAAAAAAUUUAAGGAUGACUCUAAGCCGGAGUGGGCAAAGAAAGAUAUAAGGGACUUUAAUGAUGCCGAUUUGGAAAGGUUAUUGGAUCAAUGGGAGGAAGAUGAGGAGCCUUUAGAACCUGACGAAUUACCAGAACAUUUGCGUCCACAACCUCAAAUUGAUCUUUCAAAAUUGAAUUCAGCUAAUCCCGAAGAAUUGCUUAAAGCAUCUAAAAAAGGGCGUACACUCAUGACAUUUGUAUCGGUUGAUGGAAAUCCAACACGAGAAGAAGCUGAAACAAUAACCAAGCUGUGGCAAACUAGUCUUUGGAAUAACCAUAUACAAGCGGAGCGUUAUAUGGUUGACGAUAAUCGGGCGAUAUUCAUGUUUAAAGAUGGUUCCCAAGCGUGGGAUGCAAAGGAUUUCUUAAUUCAACAAGAAAGAUGCCAAGGAGUGACAAUAGAAAAUAAGGAAUAUCCCGGAAUUUAUAGUAAAAAUAACAAAGAAGAAUUGUAAAAACAAUUGCAUAUUCAUGUUUUUGCAUUUAUGUACAUAUGAACAAAUAAAGUAAAAUUUAAGGAA